UUUCGAUUUCAUAAUGGGCUUAAAUAGAUACACACAGGAGGCGAGAUCAGCAUUCAACCAUCCACCAUCAACAUUCAACCGUCCUUUCAAUGUCUGGAAUAGCUUUAGGAAGACUCACAGAAGAAAGAAAAGCAUGGAGAAAAGACCAUCCUUUUGGAUUUAUUGCUAAACCUGUCAAAAACCCUGAUGGCACAUUGAACCUAAUGACAUGGGAAUGUGGUAUCCCUGGAAAGAAGAAUACUCCAUGGGACGGUGGUUUAUAUCGUUUAAGACUAGUAUUUAAAGACGAUUAUCCGACUUCGCCUCCAAAAUGUAAAUUUGAACCUCCUAUAUUUCAUCCAAACGUUUAUCCAUCUGGUACUGUCUGUCUUUCACUUCUUGACGAAGACAAAGACUGGAGACCAGCUGUGACCAUAAAACAAAUCCUUUUAGGAAUACAAGACCUCUUGGAUGACCCAAAUAUCAAGGAUCCAGCGCAAGCCGAAGCUUACUCAAUUUACUGUCAUAAUAGAGCAGAGUACGAGAAGAGAGUUAGAUCCCAGGCGCAACGAUACGCCGUCAAAUAGAUCUCUAUUCUUUAUACAACCAUCUCCCAUGUACUUUAUGUCCUGACUUGAUUCUAUCUUUAUUCGUGUACUUUGUGUGUGUUUUCUUUAAUAAUUUGAAGGAAUCAUUCAGCAUUUGUGUUGCAACAUAA